AUGACAGAACAGAUGCUGCUGCAGGUUUCCAAUUACACCCUCGCAGACACAGAGGCAGGGCCCCAUUCCUGCCGUGUCUGUCUCUCUUCUCAGGAGGUAAAGUACUUCCAGUUUCCUGGUGAGCUGCUGAUGAGGAUGUUGAAAAUGCUUAUUCUUCCCCUCGUUGUAUCCAGUUUGAUGUCUGGACUGGCUGCCCUGGAGCCCAAGUGCUCCAGCCGACUGGGGCUGAUCACUGUUUCCUACUACCUGUGGACUACCUUCCUGGCUGUAGUAGUGGGCAUUGUGAUGGUUUUGAUCAUCCACCCGGGUGGCAUGGCGCAGAAGGAGGACUCAGAGGACAGCGGGAAGCCAAUCAUGAGUUCGGCUGAUGCCCUGCUGGACCUGAUUCGAAACAUGUUCCCUGCCAACCUUGUACAAGCUACCUUUCAACAGUAUCGGACCAACAGUGUGCCCAUAAUGAAGUCCCCAAAGCCCACAGUCAGUCAGGUCCUCACGGAGAGCACCACCAAGAGGCCUCUGAUCUACGGCAUACAGGACGACAACGGAACAGACAUCCAGAACUUCCAGCUGGACCUGACACCACCACCGGACGUGUUCUUCCGCACGUUACCAGGAACCAGUGAUGGCAUGAACGUCCUCGGGAUUGUGAUCUUCUCAGCAACAAUGGGUAUUAUGCUGGGCAGAAUGGGUCCCAAUGGUAGCGCCUUGGUCAACUUCUGCCAGAGUCUGAAUGAAGCUGUGCUGAAGAUCGUUGCCAUCGUCAUCUGGUAUUUUCCAUUUGGAAUCGUGUUCCUGGUGGCGGGAAAAAUCCUGGAGAUGAGCGACCCUUCCGCCAUGGGAAAGAAGCUGGGCUUCUACGCCAUUACCGUGGUGAUGGGGCUGAUCCUCCAUGGCCUCUUCAUCCUCCCCAGCAUCUACUUCUUCAUCACUAAGAAGAGCCCCAUCGUCUACAUCAGGGGGAUUCUGCAGGCGCUGCUCAUCUCCCUAGCAACCUCCUCCAGUUCUGCCACGCUGCCUAUCACCUUCAAGUGCCUCCUGGAGAACAACCACAUUGACCGGCGCAUCAUCCGCUUCGUGCUGCCGGUGGGGGCCACCAUUAACAUGGACGGCACCGCGCUCUAUGAGGCCGUGGCGGCCAUCUUCAUAGCCCAGGUCAACAACUACGAACUGGACUUUGGCCAAAUUAUUACUAUCAGUAUCACGGCAACGGCAGCUAGCAUUGGUGCAGCUGGAAUUCCACAGGCUGGCCUGGUCACUAUGGUGAUUGUACUAACAUCCGUUGGUCUGCCUACUGAUGACAUCACGCUCAUCAUCGCAGUGGACUGGGCUCUGGACAGAUUCCGUACCAUGGUGAAUGUGAUGGGGGACGCUCUGGCCACUGGCAUCAUGGCCCACAUCUGUCGGAAGGACUUCAUGAAGGAGACUGAUGGGCAAGUGCCACUCAUCUGUGAGACCAAGCCCAUGAUCUGCGAGACCAAGCCCAUCAACAUCCAGCAGCUGAUGAACUGCCAGCAGAACAACGGCAGCUUCCCGUCCCACCCGCCGGGCCACAAGUCCGACCACAUCCCCCCAGACGUGGCCCGCCUCAUGCAGCUCGAGGAAGGAGUGAGGCCCCCGCCGCCAGAGCGCAAGAAGCCCCCCAUCCCCCCACGCCACCUCAAGAGCAAGGACAAGGACCACUGUGCCAUCGACAUGAACGGCCUGGAGACCAACGUAUAGCCCACAGCCGCGUGGGGAGGAGCUGGGGCGACCUGAGCCCUCUAAGAGAGCGUGGGGUCAACGUAAGGGGCCGACCAUUCAAGGAAAAACUGGAAGAGACAGUUGUGUUGUCUUAGUUUAUUAUUAAGACUGGUCGAUUGUUUAAAUGUGUUUGUUUGUUUGUUUGUUUGUGUGUGUGUUUGAGUGUUUUUUUUUUCUCCAAGUGUGAAUCCUGAGAAUUAUAUGAAAGCAACAUAUUAUGACUUUGGUAGUCUCGGGGAGACUCCAAGAAGUGGAAGUGUAUGUGGAAAUGCCUGUUGUUGAUACACGGGGAAGAAACAUGGCUGUCUGAAGCUAAGGCUUACGCUAUUGAGGAAAGGAGUAUGAGAACGUAUAGGUGCACAAGAGAACUUUUCACCUAAUGGCGAGAACAGAGACUCCGGCACCGAUGGCAGCAGCUGGAACAUGGGUCGCCUUUACCACUGUGGCCAAACCUGAUCGGUCCAGAAACGCUUUGCAGAAGGUGCUCGUUCCUUUUUUGGCUGGGCAGAGGCCAACAUGGUCCUGGCAGAUCCCCUGAGGAGGAACUUGAACAUAAUCUCUCCUCUUGAGGUGCGAGGAAGUGUUUGUUUGUUUUUUUCUUGUAUAUAUUUAUGUGUAUUAUCAACAUCUUUUUUUUUCAAUUUUAUAUUAUCUAUCUGCCAUGUUUUGAUUCGUUGGGUGAUAAUCCUGCAAAAAAAAAAAAACAACAGUACUUAAUGGGAAAAAAUAUAUAAUAUUCUAGUUAGGCCUC